GAGAGAGUGAGGGAGGGUGAGAGAGAGAGAGAGAGCGAGUGAGAGAGAGAUUGUAGAGGAUAGAGAGAACAAGCCUUCUGUCACCAGCUCGUUUAGUCUCUCUCUCUCUUUCUGCAGCAAGCGUCUUACCUUCCUCUGUGGCCACCACCUGUUCUUUCAGGCCCCCGCGGGCCACGCAGCAUGAAGCAGGCACCAUGGGCUUUCUGGAAAACUACCAGGAAAUUGACCCUGUGACUUUGAACCUUUGCAUCCUUAUCGCCAGCUACGUUAUCUUGCUCCUGGUCUUCCUGAUAUCGUGUAUCAUGUACGACUGCCGAGGCAAAGAUCCAACCAAGGAAUACGCCCCGGACCCUCAGCCUACCCAGUCUCCUAUCAGACUAGUUGUCAUGCAGAGCUCCCCUGCCCCGGCCCGGUGGGACACUGCCAACAUGAUUACCACCUACCACGAAACGCCCCAUUCAGACUUCAGAAACAAGAAGAGCACUAUGGUCUGAGAGCGGACUUUCAGGACUCCCAAAUCCAUCGCAAUGGACUAAACUUUGUAUAUACUGAACUUUUUGUACAUAAAUACUUUUU